UCAUGUGAUGCGGGGUUAAGUCAUUUGCAAGUACAACACAACUCUGUGCAGCGCUCCCCAUUCAUUUCCUGAGAGCUGCCUGCCUGCCUGCCUGCCUGCCUGAGAGGCAGAAGGGGAGGGAGCUGCACACACACACACGUCCAUAGUCACAGUUAGCAGAGGAGACGAGGAGACGGAGAGGAGAGCGUGGAAAGCAAAAGCGUCUCCACGGCUCUGCAGCUUCUGACAAGGCCGCCGAAGAGACAGGAUGUUAAUGCUUGACGGAAUGCCUGCAGUCCGAGUCAAAGCCGAGCCCCUGGAAUCGGAACAAGGGUUACCUAAAGUGCGGCCUUAUACCGCGAUGGACGGCGUGCCCUUCUUCCUCAGCAGGGUGAAAGCCGAGCCUCCGGAAGACCUGCUCAGCCACGACCUGCACUUCCACACGCAGACAGAGCCCGUAGACCUGUCAAUCAACAAGCCCCGCCCCUCCUCUUCCUCCACCACCACGUCAUCCAUCUCCCCGCUGAGAUCCGCCUUCUCGCCGUCCUCCCUGUCGUCGUCAUCCUCUUCGUCCUCGCCGUCGGUCAUCACUUCGGCGGCGUCGGUGCUCUCGCCGGGCCCGCUGGUGGCGCCCGGGAUGAGAGGUCAGCCAUAUUUGCACAUCCUGCACUCGGUGCCGCCGCCUCCGUCCAGCCCGCUGGGCCUGCAGGGGGGCGGAAAGCUGGGUGGCCGCGUUCACCGCAUCCCGGUGGUGGUGCAGUCGCUGCCGCUCAUGUACACCACGGCCGUGCGUUCGCCCUCCAGCCUCAACAACGCCAUCAUGCUACCUCUGCUGGACGACGCCAAGAGCCUGGGCAAAGCGCCACCUUCAUGGUCUCGUCUCAUCUUCGCAGUGCGCGCGGAACACAACGGCCUGUCGCCGCGUCACAUCAAGAGCGACAGCGAUGACGACGACCUGCCAAACGUCACGUUGGACAGCGUCAACGAGACCGGCUCCACUGCACUGUCUAUAGCCCGCGCCGUACAAGAUUCGAUGUCGCCUUUCAGUAUUGACAGCAUACGACGUCCCCGGAGAUCGGAGUCGCCAGAUUCCAAAAAGCGAAGAAUCCACCGGUGCGACUUUGAGGGUUGCAAUAAGGUUUACACCAAAAGCUCCCACCUAAAAGCACAUCGGAGGACACAUACAGGAGAAAAGCCUUACAAAUGCACCUGGGACGGCUGCACGUGGAAGUUCGCCCGCUCCGACGAGCUGACCCGCCACUACCGGAAGCACACGGGCGUCAAGCCCUUCAAGUGCGCGGACUGCGACCGCAGCUUCUCCCGCUCGGACCACUUAGCCCUGCACCGGCGCCGACACAUGCUGGUGUGAGACAAGCCAGGAAAUAGAAAUCAGCAGGGAAGGAAGGAAGCGAGGAAGCAAGGGGGAGCCGGAUCUCCCUGGGAAAUGUUCUUCAGCUGGUCUGGCCACACGCGAGGAAGAUGGCGGGGGUCAAAGAAAGAAAACAGGGUCAAUUGGGGACCAGGCGGUCAGGAUCGUUUCUUGUCUUUUUCAGCACUGUUUGGAAGUUUGGAACACGGACUCUUUAAUCAGACGUGGGGAGGAAUUGCAAUUUUUCAGAAUCUUUUUUUUUUUUGGCUUUAUAAUGUGAAAGACCCCGGACUAUGGAUUUUCUUUCUUUUUUUCCAGUUUUUUCUUUUUUUCCCCCUUCUUUUUAAUGAUGCUGUGGCUCUUUUGAAGCAAAUCCGGAUUGGCAGCAGAGGGCGCCACUUGACCAUGGAUGACUUCCUCUGGACUUUGAAGGCGCCACCACAAGCUCAGUGACUCCAAAGCCAUUUUCUUGGGGUGUGCUCACUCUUCUCGAAUAUCAUCAUUUAACAACAACAAAAAUCUGGAGCCACUUUGUUGGAUUUUUGUGCUGUGAUGAAGCAAUCAGAUCAAGUGCAAUCUUAAUGGUUACAACUACACACACACACACACACACACACACACACACCACACACACACACACAUAGGGAGAGCGACACGUCUUGAAAUCACCUUUUUCCUAUCAGGAGCCAUUUUAGUCCGCCAAGGGCCAUACAAAAUUGCUGAAAAAAAUCCCAUUGGACAUAUGUUUAUUAUUAUUAUAUAUUAUGAGCCUUUGUGGGUGAAAUGUUUUCUAGGGAUCUUUUUUUUUUUCCCCUUGAGGUUUCAUCGCUGGCUUUAAACGCUUCAACAACUAUGUCGUGUACAGAGAACUUUGCAACAAUCACAUAUAGGACUCUUUGCUUUCCUCACUUCUUCUCUCACCUGGUUUUAGAAUACAUUUUUAAAAAAUAUUUUAUUUUAUUUUUUUGCACAGCAGCACUUGACUUUAAAACGGCCGAAGUGUUACAAAGAUGGCGGCAACCACACACACACACACACACACAAGAGCAAUAUAUUGUGAACGGAGCUUGAUUGAUGUAAAAAAAAAAAUUUUUUGCUCAAAAUUUUGCUGCCUCGAAUGUCAUCAACUUCAAAAUAGUUCCAGUCUGGAUUGUAAUGAAAACUACAUCUAGUUGCCAUUUUGUCACAACAUCACUCAUUUGCAUACAUGAUAUGGACAAAAGCAUUGGGAGUUGUAUAGCACAAAAACCCUGAUUACUUGAAUACAGUGGAAGCUUGAAUUUCUCCCCAUAGGAAAUAAUGGAAUAGAAUUAGUCUGUCUCAGGGUCAAACUGUCACCCUCAUAAAACCUCCUUUAGCUGUAGUAGCCUUCCGUAGGGACUUCGUCGACUUAAUCCAACUCUUACAUCGUACCCUCCAGAGAUGCUGAUUGUUUGUGUAUUAUUGUGCGCAAAUGGCUAUAAAUGUGUUUUGCUCGUUAACGUUUUGCUCUGACCAACCAAUCAGAGGGCGGGAAAAUGCUGAUGUCAUCGACGGCCAGCGCUCUGGCUGUUGGGAAAAAAAAAAAAAUCUGGUGGAACAAAUAUUAGAAUUCAGGCAAAGCGGCGACCCUCCGGUUGCAGGGCGCACACUUACUUGCGUCACAAAAUGUACAAAACAAGUUGAUAUAGAAGAAAAGAUUUGGUAAAAAUGUAAACCAUGUCAAGUGAAAGCAUCAACUAUAUCAAGUUAGCUGUAAAACAGCAAUUGAAUGCAUGAAAGAUUAAGUUACAAUGCAAAAAUGAUGAAUGAAAAAAUGUAAAACGUAUAUUAAAAGGACCUUUGUGGGGUGGCAGCAGUAGAAUUUUGGAUCAAAUGUAUUGUUGGGGGUGCGAGAACAUAUUUGAAACCAAAGAAAAAGCCAAACGUACACAUUGAGUCAUUUGAGGCGAGCUUGCCGAACUGAGCUCGAGUGAAGUCUCACGAGAUUUGCUGAAAUCUUGCAGAAUGUCAGGUCAAAAGGUUUUUUUUUUUGUUUUUUUUAAACUUCGUGGGCAUUUUCUUCAAACUAUGAAAUAAGCGUGCCAAUUUCGCGCCUCCGCUGUAUUUAUCGAUCUGAUCGCCCCCCCCAAUUCUUUUGUCCAUUGAUAACAUCCAGAAAAAUCACCAUAACAUGAAUAAAUGUAUAUAUUUUUUUCCCUCCAAGAUUUCAGCUCUGUCGCUGCUGAAUAUGAAAGUAGUGCUCUUCUUUGAUGGCCGAAUGCAUUUAUUGGAGCCAAGCCAGUAAAAGGAACCCGUGACCUUUUAUUUGAUGUAUGAAAAACAGCACCUUGAAAAAAGCUCCACACCCAUAAACACCCGCCCUCGUAUACAUAUUAACCCCCCGUGUGUAAAAUGUAUAUGUUCUCUUUAUUUAUGUACUGUAUAUAAUUUGUGCACAUAUCAUCAUUGUGUUAUGUUAGUGAUAAGAGUAUCAGCACCUUGUUUGUUUAUUAUUAGUGUAAUUGUUUUUGUCAAAUGAUUUUUAUUGAAGAUGUCAAUUUAUAAACAAAAUAAUCAUCAUUAUCAUAUUUUAUUAUCCAUAUAAUAUAUAUAUAUAUAACACUUUAUGAAUGAGGGUCACUUCAACAUGCUUAUUACUUUUUUUUGUACAAAAAAUGUUGUAAUAUAUGUGAUGACGUGUAUAUAUUUACAAUAUAUAUAUAUGUAUAUAUAUACACGUUUGAUAAAGAGGGCUCUUUGAUUCGAGGUGCAGGAUUUAUCCAUUUGUCUUAUUUCAAAUUCAUUUGCGGGGCUGCAUUGCGUUGCUGACUCACUCAAAACAACAAGACGUCGACUUCAGAUUUUGAUGUUCCAUACAAUUGCUUCUUGUUAUUUCAACGCAAAAUGACAACCAAAAUAUUUUUUCAAAGUAUUUUUGUCAAACCGGUCCACAUAAUUGCAUUUUCUUGUGAGUUCAACAAAAAUAUGAUUCACAUUUGAUUGUUUUAUAUUUCAACGUGUUCCACAAUUAUUUCUUUGUUUAUCCAACAGCUUAAUUAUUUGUUGGUCUGUCAAGAAUUUCAAUAUUGCAAAUACGAUGUUGAUCCAAUUAAAUUUUGUUUUGUUUGAUAUUUGUGCAAUUUUCGACGUUUUUAAAUUAACCCCCUUCUCUCCCCCCCAAAAGUCAAAAGUGAACUUUUUUUAAACUUGCCAAUUAUUCUAUUCGUUUAACACAAAACAACUAAGUUGCUUUAGCAUGUUUAAUACGUUUGUCAACCUGUUGUCAAACACACAAUUUCAUUUUCUCAUUUAAAUGCAAAACUCUUCAUUUGAUGAAAUGAUUUUUUUGGGGCGUGCGUGUGAAAUAUUACACACACCCCCUCCCCAAAAAAUCAUUUCAUCAAAUGAAGAUUCAGCCUGUUACAUGCUAUUUAUUUUGUCAGUUGAACACAAAAAUGUUAAAUUGUUCAAAUGUGUUUUUUAAAAAUAUAUAUAUAUAUAUAUAUAUACCAUCAAGGUAUGUGUGCAGUUUUCCAGCUGCGAGCAAGAUCUAAACGUAGCCUCACGUCACUGCCCCCGCCCUCGCGUCUCGGCCCUCAACUUGCACGUUGCAUCUUUUUACACUUGUUUUGUCUCGGGGUCUUUCCAAUUUCUUCUUUUUAACUUUUGGGGGGGGUGGACUAAUCCAAUUUGUAUGGUGCGAAUUGAGAAAAAAUAUUCAACACAAAUAAGUAAGUUAAUAUUGGAUAAAGGUUUCCGUUGAAAUAGAAACAUGAAAUUGUGCGGUUGACAUAAAAAUGUUCAAUCUCAGUUGUAUUCUUUUCAAUGGACUCUUUUUGGAGAAGUGAAAAGUGUUCAAUUAUCAACUAAUUGAUUGUAUUCACAGAUGCACAUAUCAACACGAUUCCCAAUCAAUAUAUAGAUUUUUUUUUUAUUAUAGCAGUAUUUUGAAAAAAUAGCAUCCUAACCAGACAGCGUGUAUUGUUGGAUUUUCUCUUCAGCGUCUUUUUUCAAGCAUGAUUUUGCAACGGUAACCAGGGUCAAAGUUAUGCAAUAAUAACAAUAAAACUAAUAAUAAUGUUCAUGAAUAGUGCCUCAUGUCACAUGACUGCUCCGUGCAGCAUUUUCAUUUGACAGAAUCCUUUUCACAUGACAAGGCGACAAUUGAGAGGGGAAAAAAAGAAAGAAAGAAGCAGCACAGACAACGAUAUGCAAGUCGGACCGCUGAUGUUUUGAUGUAUUUUGACACCGUUUGUCACGUCCGCUUGCCAAAAUCACACACUGUUCAUUGCAUGUUUUCUUACAAAAAAAACCAAAAACGAUUCGACUCCAUAGAAUUUAUUUCACGGUUUCUGGAAAAACGUAACGGGAAAUCCCACUCAAUGUAGAUUGAUGGCUUUUUUUCAUUAUAAUUGGAGAGUCUAUCAGUUGUAAAUCUACUUUACUUUCGGUGUACAUUUUGAUUUCGUGGUUGGGAAGAAUCGUGACGCCGGCGGCUGUGUUUCAAUUUGCAGAUAUUUCGUACAGUAAAUGGUUGUUCCUGUAUUUAUGUAAAGUGAGUGUAGUGUAAAUAUCUUUCGGUCUUCUUCUUUGCGAUCUUCACGUAAGGAAAAGUGUGAUUUCGCUCAGCAAACCGCUUCAAAAGGGAGAUUUUGCUCACAGACUAACAACACAAAUGUACAAUAUUUUGCGGGGGAUUCUUUAAAAACAUGGUGCCCAUUUUUGUGUUACUCUCUGGUUUUUGUUUUGUUCGUUUUUUCCCCCCCAGUUGUUUUAAGUAGCCUAUCCAGUCUGUGCUUUGUCUUCUUCUACUUCUUCUGUAUUUCUUUUUUCAAAUGGCUGGAGCUGUGAAAUUUAAAUAAGUUGAAACAUAUAAAUGUAUAUUAAUAUGAAU